GCGCCAGGGCGGGCGCCUGCGAUGCAGACGGCGGGCCCCGGGGCCGUGGCGAGCGAGGCCCUCUCCCCGCCGUCCAAGGCGGUGUCCUGCAGCGCCCCGCACGCUGCGUCUGCGGCGUCCCGGUACGAGCGCUUGGAAUCGAACAUCGGGGAGGGCACCUAUGGCAAGGUGCACAAGGCCAGGGACACCAGAAGCGGCCAGAUCGUGGCGAUCAAGAAGGCCAAGGUGGCGGCCAUGGACAGGGAGGUCGGGGGCAUCGGCUUCACCGCGCUGAGGGAAAUAAAGCUCAUGCAGGCGGUACGGCACCCGCACCUCAUGGCCUGCCUCGAUGUUUUUGCCGACGGUGGUGUCAUUCACCUCGUGAUGGAGUUUAUGGACGGGGACCUGAAGAAGGUCAUCGAGGAUAGCAGCAUUCACCUCGCGGAGGCGCCGCUCCGGGCUGCUAUCUUGCAGGGCUCCGGCACACAGCUCGGCGAAUACCCGGCGCUCGACGGGCUUCUUGCCUCGGCCUCGCCGCGCGGGGUUGGCGGAUUCUGGGCGGUGCUGAGGCUCGCGGGCGCUCGUGCAGCCGUGCGCUUCGCGACCCGGGAGCGGGGCCUGUUCCGGAGGCGUCGAGCCGUGGAGCGCGGGGCUGUCCCUGCCAGGGCGGGCCUUCGCUUUCUGGGCGUGGCCGCGACGCCGGCGCGGGCGCUCCAGGACUGGGAGGGUUCCCUUUUGGUGGGCGGGCGUGGGCUCCGGAUUGAUUUCGACGCCCUUUUGACCAUCGUGUCAGAUGCCCAGAUGCUGCGCGUGGAUUUUGGCCCUCGGUUGAAAGUGCCGCGACAGGUCGGCGCGCUGUCUGUGCGGAUAGGCGCCCGGUCUGCGUGCGGUGGCGCCGCAGAAGAAAGAUUGGUUUGUCGACGAGGGCCGCCCGUGCCCGCGCAGUUCCUCUGGGCGCCGGCGUUCGGCGUCGCGGCCCAGUCGGCGCAGGGCCAGACAUUCGAGCUGGGGGUCGCAGUCGACGUGAAGACUGGAGGGGACAAGUCGCCGCCGGCAAGCUACGCGGCGCUGGCGCGGGUGCUGCGUCGCGAAGACAUGCUCAUAUUCCGUCCCUUUGACAUUGCGCUUGCAGGCGACAAGAGCGCCGGGCGCAAGUGCAUGGUGCGCGCCAGGGGCGCGGGGGGCCCGGACUGCGCGUCGGGCGCGGGGUCGAG